GCAGACUGGUUUGCCAUGCUUGCUCUAGGAAUCGAAUGCACGUCCCAACAUAUCCCAGUGGUGUAAAAUUUCGUGUAUGCGACGAUUGCUAUACACAAACAAUGACCAGAAGAUCAAACUCAGAGCAAGACAAUUUGAUAAUGAGCAGCAACUCUGAUUCGGGCGGUAGCGGCAUCACGUGUAUGGAUUGGUGUCUCUCCACAAAUUCGAAUAAGAACGAAGCCGUUCGAACGGAAUUUAGCUAUGAAUUCACACCAAACGUCACCUUGUGCCUUACGAUUAUGAAGAUGCAUUCGACAAAUUUGGAUUAUCCGAGGUGUGAUAACAUUUUUAGUAAUAUUAACAACUAGCUGUUCAACGCGACUUCGCCCGCGUGUUUUUUUUUUGGGUUUUAAUUUUUUUUGCGCGGAACCCUAAUUCUUUUUCUGAAAUAAAAGCCUUAGUUACCUUGUGGCAUCAGCUAUCUGCCAGUGAAAAUCCCGUCAAAAUCGGUCCACCCGUUUCGGAGAUUCAUCAUUAUCAUCAUUACAGCCCUUCACAAGUCCACUGCUGAACAUAGGCCUCCUCCAAGGAAUGCCACAAAGCACGGUCCUGAGCCACCUGCAUCCAUCGACUUCCUGCAUAUCUUACCAGGUCGUCACUCCAUCUAGUGGGGGGACGCCCUACACUUCGUCCGCCGGUACGAGGCCGCCACUCGAGAAACUUUUUUCCCCAUCGGUUGUCGGUUCUUCGAGCUAUAUGGCCGGCCCAUUGCCACUUCAGCUUACUAAUCCGUUGGGCUAUGUCGGUCACUCUGGUUCUACUGUGGAUAUCCUCAUUUCUAAGUUUAUCACGCAGAGAAACUCCGAGCAUAGCCCUCUCCAUAGCUCGCUGAGCGACCUUGAGCUUCCUCAUCCGGCCAGCAGUGAAGGACCACGUCUCAGAUCCAUAAAUCACCACUGGCAACAAGCACUGGAUGUACAAUUUCGUUUUCAGGUUUUGAGAUAUACCUGACGAGAAGAUGUGCCCUAAUUUCCCGAACGCUGCCCAACCGAGUUGAAUCCGUCGAUUGACCUAUUGGUCGAAGUUGGACUUACCUAGUUGGACUAUUUAUCUCAGGUAAACAUACUCGUCAACAACUUCGAACUUAGUGCUCCCAACAACUACCGGCAUAGGUGUGACAUGAACAUUAAACAUGAUUUUUGUUUUGUCCAUGUUCAUCUUAAGACCUAUCCGUUGGGAAACACUAUUGAGGUCAUUGAGCAUAGUGCUUAGGUCCUCCAGCGAUUCUGCCAUAAGGACUAUAUCGUCGGCAAAUCAAAGAUGAGUGAUGUAUUCGCCGUUGAUGUUAAUACCGUAUCCUUUCCAGUCCAGAAGCUUGAAAACGUCUUCCGAUGCAGUGGUGAAGAGUUUCGGGGAUAUAACGUCACCCUGUCUUACACCUCUAUGCAAUUGGAUAGGUUUCGUACUCUGGUUCUGUACUCGGAUAACCAUCGUAGCCCUACUGUACAAUGAUUCGUAAUGACUCUCGAAAACAGCACGUAGACGCGGCUCAGAAAGGAAAUCGGUCUGUAGUUCUUCAAGAGAGCGUUGUCACCUUUCUUGCAGAACAAGAACACCGCACUUCUGCUCCACGCCUCUGGUGUAAUGCCACCAUGGAGGACGGAAUUAAAGAGCCUCUGAAGGACUUAGUACCGGACUAAAGUACCGGUUUUCCACCCGCUUUCAGAAGCUCAGUUGUAAUUCCAUCUUCGACUGGGGCCUUGCCGUUUUUAAUGUGCUGGAGAGCCAUUCUAAUCUCGCUCAGACUGACGUCCGAGAUAUCAUCGGAAUAGCAUUAUAUAUAUAUAUAUAUAUAUGAUAUUUCGGAGAUUAGCCGGAACAAACAGACAGACAGACAGACAAAAACUUUAAAAAUUGUAUUUUUGUUAUUAGUACCGUAUAUACUUUCAUAUGCAUUUAGUAAAAAACUGUAAUUUUGCCAGUACAAACACUUCAAUUUUAUUUAUUUGUAUAGAUUAUUGAAAUUACCAUUAAGAAUAAUUUUUAUUUUUUAAAACAUAAGUUUUGCCUUUUUUUCAAUAAGUAUGAUUUUGCAGGUUUUUGCUGGAUCGAAGCGAUGAAGUUGCACGUGAGCUGACAAAGGGUGGAGACGCGCGCCUCCUUGUACGCGCGCGUCGGUCUUUACUACUUGCUGCUGCGGAGCUGUAUUCGCGAACACCGCAAGAGAAAUCGUGAGUACGAGUUUUAACUAGUUCGCGACCUAUACAACAAAACAAAAUGAAAUAUGUAAUAAAAUAAUCUUGAUGUUAGACGUGAUCCAUAUCUGUAGAUUUGUUUUCCAAAGUUUCCAAGUUCUAACACUAACUAAUAACACUUGCGAUAACGCUUUUCUUACGCCGUCACAAAACGGCAAAACUCAAAGACUCAAUUGCUUAAAAACAAUAAACAUUAUUAAUUGUUUACAUUAUUUAGAUUAUUAUGUGUGGCGGCGCUGUCGUCACGCCGUAAGCGAAACAAAGCGAAGCCUAAAUCGCGCUAACAAAGUUCCGAAAUUAAAGCAGUAUAUAUAGAAUAGCUCCGAACUACGACUUGGAGCGUUGGCCGCUCCCCGGGCAGAACACCUUGCCCGGCGGGAGAUCCCCCUUUUUCCUUUCACCGGCUACAUUGGUGACCCCGACGUGAUAUGAACAAAUCACCGGCUAUAUAUGCAAGUAGAAAAUUGACGAUAUUCGAAAGAAACGUCGACUUUAGUUCUUGUCGAUUCUUCUCUAUAGAGAUCUCACUUUUCGAACUAAUGAUUGAUUUAGGUAUUUAGAGUUUUUUCUGCCUAGGAAUCUAGGUAAACCCUGUUACUUAUUCCUUCCGCCAAAUAGCAAGCAGUGCUUGCACUGCAGUGUUCCCGUUUGAAGGGUAAUUAGAGGUUGUGAGGUAUUUCAGAGAUGACAACGCAUCUGUAUCCUUCUUUAUUUGAAAUUGGCUGCACUGUGUUGGUUGGAUUGGCUCAUGUCCCUGUUCGGGCGCCACAAUAUGUUUCGUCCUUAAUGUUGUAGGACUAAAGAAAUGACUGUAAUUUUC